CAGUCGGUGGAAACAUGAGGGAAAUAGUGCAUUUACAAGCCGGACAGUGCGGAAACCAAAUCGGUGCUAAGUUCUGGGAAAUUAUCUCCGAAGAACAUGGUAUCGACCCAAGUGGCAUUUAUCACGGCGAGAGCGACCUUCAACUCGAACGCGUUAGCGUCUACUACAACGAGGCUUCUGGUGAGAAAAAUAUUCAUUAA